AUGCCGCCCAAAGCAGCUGUUGAAGACUUCGACGAUGACUUCGAGUUCGACCUCCCAAGUGUCACAUCUCCCGGCGUAGCGCAGUGGCAAGCGCAAGCUGGUGCACCUCAGGCCGACCAAAUGGCUGCGUUCCAGAAGAUGAUGCAGCAGAUGGGUCAAGCUCCUGCUUCCGGCGACUUUGGCGCCACUCGACCUCCUGCAGGUCUCGACGUAGCCAGCGCCAGUGGCUCCAAGGGCAAAGAAGAUGGCGAGCACAAGAAGUGGGUUAGCAUCUACCCGAUCUACUUGGACGCCAAGCGCCACUAUCGCAAAGGUUGCCGACGAGUUGCCUACGACAAGGCCAGUCCCUUCCCCACUCAACUCUGGAUCGCAAAAGCCGUCGGUCGUCUUCAGCUUAGAUAUGCUCAGGAACCCUACAAGACUCACCCGCAGGACUGGGAGAACCCGGGUCGUGUCAAAGUGCACCUCUUCAACGAAGACGGUAGUCCCGUCGACAGCCGAUUUCCAAGUAAGAAGCAUCUUUUCGAUGCGAUUGCAGAGACCAUUCAGCCCAACUGCGGAGGCAAGCCACCUGCGAUCGAGCCACGGAAGAAACGCGUUCGACCUUGGACCAUCAAGAAGCAAGCUCUUGCUGAAAAUGCUCAAGCCGCUGCAUCUGGCUCCACCACGGCCGCUGACGCCAACGCAAGUUCAUCCAAGCCGAACAAGAAGAAGGCUGCCACUGCUUCCGGCAAUAGCACUGCUGGCGCCUGGAAGCCUACUCUGACCCAAGAGCAGCGCAAACAGAUACUCGCAGCUAAACGCGACCCUAACCCCAACCCAAUCCGAGAAAGACUCGCAAAGAUCCGCUAUCCUCCCACACUUGAGGCACGUCUUCCACCACACUCGCCAGCGAUCGAAGGUGGAUUACUCAACAUGAAUUUGGCUGAAGCUAUGGGCGGUAUGCCACCUGGUAUGCCUGGUGCCGAUGCACUUGGUGGUCUCGGAGGCAUGUUGGGAGGCAUGGGACUAGGCGGAGAUGAUGACGAGCAAGAGGAGCAAGAGGCACAAGAUGAGACAGCGGGUAAGAAGAAGGAUCCAAUGAACCCUCUCAACCUCGGACGUAGACAAAGGAAGAAGGUGGUUCGUAUUGGUCGUUGA